CCCAUCGCCGAACAGAAUGAGCGCUAGCAAGAUCAGUUUUCGUGCGAAUUUCCAUCGAGCAACAUCUCGGAUAACGGUGUGCUCCGCGAGAUUUAAAUCCGUACCGAUUGAGAUAGGUGAAAUAAUCCAGCAGACUUGGGCACGUGAGGUUGGUGGGUGGUUCCUCAGAUACAGGAAAUCAACGGAAAUGAUGUCAAUCGGAAACCGAUCACUUUGACGAGCCUUAUCAGCGAGCAGGGGACUUGAGAAUGGAGGCAGUCAGAUUCUCAAUUAUAGAAAACGAAAUGAAAUGGGAGGACGAAUAUCGCAUGUACUACCAGGACGGCGCGAUCGACGACGGCCAAGACGAAGCGACGUACGCAACCUGCGGAACGGAGCGCUACCGGUUGAGCAUUUCGAGCGAAAGUGAUGUGGCCGGGGUGGAAAUUUCCUCACCCAAUCAACCGCAUGAUCUGUGCUACAACAGCAGCCGAGAAGGUCAGGAGGAAAUCUGGGUCUUUUCCGAUAUCGAAAGCGCCCUCAAGGAGCUACCGGAUGCGGAGAGGAUCGGGGAAUUGUUGAACAGUUUGGUGCCGGCGCAGGAUAUCCUGGUGGAGUACUGCUACAAUCUAGACAGCAGUCUACUGCUAGCGGUUUGGACUAGUAAACAUGACAUGCUGAAGCAGCUGCUGCUACGGGACGGAGCUAACGUGAAUGCAACCGAUGGCUGGGGUCGAACGGCUCUGCAUUUAGCCUGCUACAUAGGCGAUUACGGGGCGGUUGAGGUUCUGCUACAACAUGGAGCCAAACCGCAAACUUGGGAUAGGGAACGGAAAGCGACCCCUUUACACUGUGCGGCCAGCUGCGGUAGCAUCGAAUGCAUCGCUCAGUUACUCGCGCAGGGCGUUGACAUCAAUGUCGGCAUCGAGAAACAUUCCCCCCUGCACUACGCCGUCCAGCGAAACAGUCGAAAGUGUGUUGAAUUCCUGCUGAAAAACGGUGCCAACCCGAACACUCCGCAAGUGUACACUCAAACACCGCUUCACGUAGCGGCAGCCAACGGGUUUGUCGAAUGUAUGGACUUACUGCUAGAACACGGAGCCGACGCUCGCUCCCAGUACGGACAGAAAAAGAUCACCGCCUUGCAUCUGGCGGCUUCCGAAAACUAUCUGGAAUGUGUGAAGCUUCUCAUCGCCGCCGGAGCAGACAUCGACGCCCGCAAUCGGGACCAACAGACUCCCCUUCAUCUGGCUUGCCUUUCCCAGUGCCACGAAUCGGUAACCUACCUGAUCAGUCAGAACGCCGAUGUCCACGCAAUCUACCGCGACGGCCGAACGGCCCUGCACGCCUCCAUUGUGAAGGAAUCGCGCUUCUGGGACUGUACCCUCAGCUUACUAAGAGCAAAAGUGGACGUCAACCGGGCAGACAAUUUCGGUUACACCCCGCUACAUAUCGCCGCUCUGAACGAAUUCAGCAGCUGCGUGUUUAUGCUGAUCCAGUACGGGGCGGACAUUACGGCACGAACGAACGGAGGCGUCUCCGCUCUGUCGUUCAUUAUCCGACGUACACCGGAAAUCAUCCCGAAGUUCAUCGAUAAGCUGGAUACGGCGAUCAGUGUGAACAGUAUCCACGAAAUCGGCGACGUAGACUGUGAGAUUCGGCUGGAUUUUCGACCGCUGGUGCCGAACAAUGAUCGAGGAGAGACGGAGCUGUUGCUAGCUUUCAUCGAGGUCGGCCAGAGGCGUAUCCUAAAGCAUCCGCUGUGCGAAACGUUUCUGUUGCUCAAGUGGCGACGAAUACGGAAGUUCUUCCUGUUUAGUUUGUUCUACCAUGGACUGUUUGUGCUGCUGUUUACGACCUUCGUGCUGGGAGUUUACGUGAAGGACUGUCGAGUGCAGAGCUGUAAAACGUCCGCGUACGUGCCGGUUAUUGGUUACAUAGUCAUUUUUCUCAAUUUGGUUCUGAUGACGAAGGAGAUCUUCCAGAUGAUGCAUGGGUUUCUGGGGUAUGUGCGCUAUUGGGAGAACUGGCUGCAGCUAAGUAUUGGGAUAGGGAUAUUUCUGUGCACGUUGGAUCCAACAGCAGAGAUCAGCUCGGUUCCAACCUGGCAGCACCACGUGGCGGCGAUCGUGAUCUUCUUGGCCUGGUUGGAACUGAUGAUGUUGGUAGGUCGAUUCCCGAUCUUCGGACUGUAUGUACAGAUGUUCCAAACCGUGGCAAUCAAUUUCUCCAAAUUCCUUAUGGCCUACUGUUGUCUUCUGGUCGCGUUCGGUUUGAGUUUCUGUGUUCUCUUCCCAAAUUAUAUCGCGUUUAAGAAGAUUCUGAGAGGUUUGUUGAAAACGAUCGUUAUGAUGGCUGGGGAGCUGGAGUUUGAAGACAUUUUCUACGGAGAGAACCUGAAGAUCGAAUAUCCUGGUACGGCCCACGGAAUGUUUUUGGCCUUCGUGCUACUGGUAACCGUUAUACUUACAAACCUUCUGGUUGGUCUGGCCGUCAGCGAUAUUCAAGGGCUGCAACAAUCGGCCGGUUUGGAUCGACUAUCUCGUCAGGCCGAGUUGAUUUCCCGCCUGGAAGGGUUGAUGUUUUCCAGGAUUCUUCGGAAGGUACCAAUCCGAUUAUGGGCAAUUUUCCAGAAGAUUGCCCUUCUGAAAACAUCUCGCUUGAAACUACACUUCCGGGUCAAACCGAACGAUCCCAGGGAGAAAAGGAUUCCAAAAGAAUUGAUCACUUCAAUCUACAAACUGGUGGCGGAACGCCGGGAGCGAAACCAAUCGAUAAAGCGGAAACAAACCUUCCGCAAUAUGCAAACGUUUCAGAACUUUCUGGACGCCGACGAUGGCACGGUAACACUACGGAGGCAGCGUUUCCGGAAACCGAGCAAAAACAGAACCAUGUCCGAGAAUCCGUAUCUACAACCGCCUCGAACCGAUGACGGACUGCUACCCAGGCACAUCAUAGCCGGUAGUGUACAACUGAAGGGCCUCGAGGAAGGCCAGAAACAGAUGCUGAAGAAGCUGGAUGAACUGACCAAAGAGGUUGAGAUGCUCAAGGUGCGGGUGAAAAAGUUGUGAUGUAGGUUGAAGAAUAAAAUAGAUGUUUUCUUG